AUAUAAUUCUUCUUCCAUGAACAAUCUCGAUAGACAGACUCGAGACUUCAUGAGCGUAGAGUCUUUCUCUCAGCUCCCGUUCAUCCGCCCACCUCCACCGCCUCCACUCAAAGAAAAGGGCGGCGGAGGCGGAGGCGGUGCCAUUAGACUUUUCGGCAAAGAAUUCGGCGUCAAUACUACUAAUCACACUCAAGGAGAGGCGAAUAAGGAUAUUACGAUCACAAGUCUCGAUAACAUCAAUAAUAAUAGCAACAGGAAAUUCGAAUGCCAUUACUGCUGCAGAAACUUCCCAACCUCUCAAGCACUGGGCGGCCAUCAAAACGCACACAAGAGAGAACGCCAGCACGCUAAGCAGGCCCACUUUCAGUCAGCCGAUGGCCCCACUACUAACUACAGUCGGUUUGCAAACUAUCAUUCUUGGAGCAAAUACAGCUCAACUAAUUAUUCGUACCAACAGCAACAACCAAUCAACGGGAGCCCCUUGUCUAUGUGGCGAACCCCAACAACUCAUAAUUCGUCUGCGGCUCAGAUUAAUCCAUUUUUAAUUAAUUCCAAGAAGGACAAUGAUAACUUGAUGAUGAUGAUGAUGAAGAAGCCAUUGUCAGCAGUAGGAAGUAUUGCCAUUAAUACUCAGAGCCAGUUGAUUGGGCACAACCAGCCAAACCCUAGCAUGCAAGACCAUCAUCAUGUGAGUUUGGAUUUACAUCUUUGAUUCAUUAAAUCAAUCAUUCGGUAACAUUAAUUUAUUCUCGAAACUCGAGUAUUUUAUAUGUAUACGCUAGUUAUUAGUACUUUAUUUGCUAAAUGAGAUAAUUUGAGGAAUAAACACUUUGCUAUAGUAUAUGUAACAUGAAUUUAUUAGUCCACUUCCAAUUUUACCUCAUAUCUCCACUUAA